GUAUAUUUUUUUACAUAUAUUUUUAAAGACAAUUAUACUGUAUAAAAAUGGGUUGUCCAGCGUGUUGUAAAGAUUGCAAAUGCACUGCAGCUAAGUGCGGAGAUGGCUGCCCCUGCGAUCAGCAAUGCAAAUGCAAUUGCAAGAGCGGUGCCAAGGACAACUGCUGCAAGAAAUAAAUUCGUUGGACUAGCGAACUUUGAAAAUAAAUGUCAGCCGCUAAUGGAAAAUUGAAUAAUUGAGCUCCAAAACGGAGAUGAAUAAAGCAAAAACAAAAACA